UAAUUCUGGUAAAAAGAUCAUAAAUCCAUAUAAAACUAUAAGAAUAAAAAAAAAUUGAUAUCUAAUUCAUUCCAUCUCAGUUGAAAAUGUGGUGGUCCAGGUUAGUCUUAUUGUUUACAUUAUAUGUCUUCUGCAUCACUCAAAGUUUUGCAUCUGAUGAAGAAAUUUUGGAUGAUUCGAAGAACGAGAUUUACGAAAAACCUAUCAGAAACAAUCACGCCAAACAGUGCAGCGUGAAAACAUAUUGCCCGGAAGGCCACCAUUGUUGCUCAGCCGCAACCUGCUGCCCAGAUAAUGUUGACUGUUGUGCUGAUGGAUUGUACUGUUGCGAUUCAAACGAGGAACCGACCAAACCUUCAAUUAAUGCGAUGAAGCCAGAAAUAGAGGGGAUUGAGAAAGGAUUUCUCUGAAGGUCUCGGUCCAUAUUUUAAUGCAAUAAAAUUUUUCUGAUGUGGUGAAAUUGUUAUUUCCACAGGUCUAUAUUCCAAAAUCUAAUUAUUAAUACUCACAUUUUAGCGACAGUUUCAUCAGGCAGAACUAAAAUAAAAAUAAAAUAGAGAUGGAAUGUUUGAAGGUGAACUUAAUAUUCUUGGCGUAUCAUAAUAACUUAUUUUACAUGUAAAUUAUUUUUGUUCUAUCAAUAAACAAGUUCGUAUCAGUUUACUUUUUAAGAUA